UUUUAGACUACUUUCCAAUUCUGUCCGCUUCACGUGAAGCACCAGACCAAAGCAGUCGUUCGCCGAGGUGCUAUCCCGACGUUAACCGCCUGCUAGCCAAAGUCAUGGCGCUACUCAAGCAAAGUUGUUGCGUAGCGGGUCGUUUCUCCACAAACCACCUGUGGCUGAGUCCCAGAUGCAUCCCACACGUUUACACCAGCUGCUUCUCAACCAGAUCCUCCCCGGAGAGAAGUGACAGAAAGAAGGAGCUGCUCAGAGACGACGGGCCUGACCUGCAAGACUUUAUUUCAGGGGAAUUAUCUGAAAAAAGCAAGUGGGCUGAGUACAAAGGCACCCUGAAGAGACAGAAGGGAGAGAGGCUGCGGCUUCCUCCAUGGUUGAAGACUGAGAUCCCCAUUGGAAAGAAUUACAACAGGCUGAAGAACACACUGAGAGAUCUCAACCUUCACACGGUGUGUGAGGAGGCCAGGUGUCCGAACAUCGGGGAAUGCUGGGGAGGAGGAGAGUACGCCACAGCCACAGCCACCAUCAUGCUGAUGGGAGACACAUGCACCCGUGGGUGCAGGUUUUGCUCAGUAAAGACGGCACGCCAGCCUCCGCCUCUUGACCCUGACGAGCCGUACAACACAGCCAAAGCCAUCGCCGCCUGGGGACUGGAUUACGUGGUCCUCACCUCGGUCGACAGAGACGAUAUUGCUGAUGGUGGAGCCGAGCACUUUGCUAAGACGGUUACUAACUUGAAAGAAAGAAAUCCUCAGAUCCUGGUUGAAUGCCUGACUCCUGAUUUCCGUGGAGACCUGGCAGCAGUGGAAAAGAUCGCCCUGUCGGGAUUAGACGUGUACGCCCACAAUGUGGAAACAGUGCGCGAGCUACAAAGGCAUGUACGUGAUCCCAGAGCAAACUUUGAUCAGUCUCUGAGCGUCCUCAAGCAUGCUAAAAAGGUCAAACCGACGGUGCUCACCAAGACCUCCAUCAUGCUGGGGCUCGGAGAGACUGACCAACAGAUCAUUAACACUAUGACAGAGUUGCGAGAGGCAGAAGUGGACUGUCUAACGCUCGGGCAGUACAUGCAGCCGACCAAACGCCACCUAAAGGUGGAGGAAUAUGUCACUCCAGAGAGGUUUGCCCACUGGGAGAAAGUUGGCAGUGAUAUGGGCUUCACCUACACAGCCAGCGGACCACUGGUGCGAUCCUCCUACAAAGCAGGCGAAUUCUUCUUAAAGAAUCUACUGAAGAAGAGGAAAGCAGAAGCAGCAGAAUGAGGAGCCUGCUGUGUGCGUUCAGCUUAUCUACAUUCAGCUGUACGCAGUGACAAAAUACGCUUCAUCCGUCUGUAACAUAAUGCACCGAUUUAAAGUACAGCACAGGAAACGUGUAAUAUUAGUACAAUGUUUGUGGGAGGCAUUAAAUAAAGCUACAAAAGUGACAAUAACAGACUUGUAAGUACAGGGACCAUACUCUAAAGAGACGAUCAAAGAACAAACAGCAGACACGUUGGAUAACUCAAGUGUCCACCAACUCGCCCAGCUGUUGGGAGCAGAGGCUGUAAUUUGCUUCCGCUCCUCAGGGGUUCCUAAAUCCCAUCCCUCGUCUCAGUGAACUUUGGGUUUAAAAAAAAAAAAAAAAAAGCUACUGGCCUUUAACAGUGGGCUCUGUUCAUGAACACCUUCAUGUCUGCUUCUUUAGAACUGAUUUAAUGAAGCGGGAUUCUUUUUCUUUUUUUUAAAAUCAGUCUUGUAAUACAAAAACAAGAAGCACCAUCCAUCCUGUACUGUGUGUAAGAAAGGUACAAAGCGAGGCCCAUUGGCCUCCCAGCAGGUAAACAGGUGGCAAAAGAUUUUUUUGAUACCCGUGUAUUUGCUGAAGAGCCAGUUUGGAAGAAAGUGCACUUUUUCUAGAGUAAAACUGUUUAAAUUUCACAGCUGGACAAGAAAGAUGUUUGUGUUGCACACCGAUCAGUUCAAAUGUACGCUGAUAUUUAUAGAAAUAAAAGUCUUAAAGGUCA